AGCGCCACGUUUGCGCGCAUGCGUAGUGUACGCGCGUUUGUGUUCCGGGGUAGAGGGACGCUUUGAAAACUCCAGAGAGAAGAAGUCUGUAAGGAUGAACUUCUUCAGAGGAGUGAUGGGAGGGCAGGCUGCCGGGCCGCAGCCGUCCGGAGCGGAGACGAUACAGAAGUUGUGUGACCGGGUUGCCUCCUCGACACUUCUUGAAGACCGCAGAGAUGCUGUCCGGGCUCUCAAGUCCCUUUCUAAGAAAUACCGUAUGGAAGUUGGGACCCAGGCAAUGGAUCACUUGAUUAACAUACUGCAAACUGACAGAUCUGACUCUGAAAUCCUUGGAUAUGCUUUAGACACACUCUACAACAUCAUCUGCAAUGAUGAGGAGGAAGAACAAGAUGAAUCAGAAGAUGAGAAUGCCCAGAAGCAGGCAGAUGACCUCGGUGCCCAAUUCACAGAAACAUUUAUCCAGGACCCAGAACAUAUAAUGCUGCUUCUCACUCUACUGGAGGAGUUUGACUUCCAUGUCCGUUGGCCGGGGGUGAAGUUGCUGACUGCUCUCCUGAAGAACCAGGGCGUCCAGGUGCAGGGGAUCAUUCUGGUCAGCCCCAUGGGUGUUUCCAGAUUAAUGGAUCUAUUGGCAGAUUCCAGAGAAGUAAUUCGAAAUGAUGGCUUGCUGUUGCUUCAACAGCUGACCAAAAGCAAUGCAGCCAUUCAGAAAAUCGUGGCGUUUGAGAAUGCAUUUGAGCGUCUCUUAGAUAUCAUCACAGAAGAGGGCAGCAGUGAUGGAGGUAUUGUGGUGGAGGACUGUUUGCUUUUGCUGCUUAACCUACUAAAGAACAACAGCUCUAACCAGAACUUCUUCAAGGAGGGCUCCUAUAUCCAGAGAAUGAAGCCCUGGUUUGAGGUUGGUGAUGACAACUCCGGUUGGUCGGCACAGAAGGUCACUAACCUUCACCUCAUGCUUCAGCUGGUGCGAGUGAUGGUGUCACCAGUGAACUCACCUGGAGCUACAGCCAGCUGUCAGAAAUCCAUGUACCAGUGUGGCCUCUUGCAGCAGCUAUGUACCAUCCUUAUGGCCACUGGUGUGCCUGCUGACAUCCUCACUGAGACUAUCAACACUGUUUCAGAGGUUAUCAGAGGCUCACAGGUGAACCAGGACUACUUUGCUUCUGUCAACGCCCCCUCAAACCCACCAAGACCAGCCAUUGUGGUGCUGCUCAUGUCCAUGGUAAAUGAGAGACAGCCAUUUGUGCUUCGCUGUGCCGUCCUUUAUUGUUUCCAGUGUUUCCUUUACAAAAACCAGAAGGGCCAGGGGGAGAUAGUGGCUACUCUGUUGCCCUCAACUAUUGAUGCCAAUUCCAUCUCAGCAGGCCAACUUCUGUGCGGUGGCUUGUUCUCAGCAGACUCUCUUUCCAACUGGUGUGCUGCUGUGGCCUUGGCCCAUGCCCUGCAGGACAACCUCACUCAGAAGGAGCAGCUACUAAGGGUUCAACUUGCCACCAGCCUGGGCAAACCUCCUGUCUCCCUGCUGCAGCAGUGCACCAACAUCCUGUCUCAGGGUGAUAAGAUCGUCCGGCGGGGCAGUAAGGUGCAGACCAGGGUAGGCCUCCUCAUGCUGCUUUGCACGUGGAUCAGCAACUGUCCGAUUGCUGUCACACACUUUCUACACAAUCAGGAUAAUGUUCCCUUUCUGACUGCUCAGAUCUCAGAGAACCUGGGGGAAGAUGAAAGGCUCGUGCAGGGUCUCUGUGCGCUGCUGCUCGGCAUCUGCAUCUAUUAUAACGACAACUCACUGGAAAACUACACCAAAGAGAAACUAAAGCAGCUGAUUGAGAAACGAAUCGGAAAGGAGAACUUUGUAGAGAAGCUGGGGUUCAUCACCAAACAUGAACUGUAUUCGCGGGCGGCUCUGAAGCCGCAGCCUGUCUUCCCGUCUCCAGAGCAGAUGCUGUUCGACCACGAGUUCACUAAGCUGGUCAAAGAACUGGAGGGUGUGAUAACUAAAGCCGUUCACAAGUCCAGUGAGGAGGAGAAGAAGGAAGAGGAGGUGAAGAAGACGUUAGAGCAACAUGACAACAUUGUAACUCAGUACAAAGAGUUGAUUAGAGAACAGGAUGCUCAGAUCCAGGAACUGAAAGAGCAGGUGGCAUCUAUGACCACUCAGAAUGAACAGAUGCAGACUACAAUCACUCAGCAGCUAUCCCAGAUCCAGCAACAUAAAGAUCAGUACAACAUACUCAAGCUAAAAUUAGGUAAGGAGAGCCAGUCUAACAACCAGGGAGACAGCUCACAGGUGAACGGGCUGCAGACAGAAGAGCUUUCCCAGCUCCGAGAGGAGAUGGAGGAGCUUCAAAAGCAGCACACACUUCUGCAGACACAACUCAGUGAAAAAGAUGCACUAAUUAACAACCUGUCAGCAGCACAGACAGCAGAGGGUCCGACAGGAGGAUUGGACAACACAGAGCUGCUCCAGGAACUGGAGGCUUUUAAGCGUCAGGUUCAGUCCCAGUCAUCAGAAAUCAGCCAGCUUAAAACAGAGAAACAGGAGCUGCUCAAAAGAGUUGAAGCUGGGUCAUCUGCAACAGAGCCAACCAGUGACAACUCGGUAGACGUCACCAAGAUGGCAGAUCUUGAGAGCAGACUCGCAGCACAGACGUCUCAGAUGGAGAAACUGAAGGAGAGCAGAGCAGAGCUGGAGCAGAAGAUGGCCUCAGCCACGAGCACGGUGGCCAUCCUGCAAACGGAGAAGGCAAAACUUCAAACUGAGGUCCAAGAUUCCAAGAAGGAGCAGGAUGACCUGUUGAUGCUCCUGGCAGACCAGGACCAGAAAAUUCACAGCCUCAAACAGAGACUCAAAGACCUGGGAGAGACGGUGGAAGAUGAAGACGACAUUGAUGCCCGGGACCAGACAGAUGAUGAUGAGGAGGAUGAAGAUGAGGACUAGAGGAAAAACGCUGACAAGAAAAACAGGAAAUGUGAAAUUUUUCUGCCAGAAGGAAAGAAAAGACUUGGCAGAAAUGAACCUGAGAAACUGAAGAAUAGGACUGAUGUACAUCAAUGCAGUUUCUUCGCCCAGCUGCCAUGCUGUCUUUAUCUCCUUUGCCCCAUCACAUCAUAUGUGCAUGUUUAGUUUUUUUGGACCUUUUUUGUUCAAGUUGAAGUUCUUGUUUCCAGCAUUUCAGUUUUCAGUGAACGCAAAGAGAUUUGAACUUGUCAGUGCAUUUAUCUCUGUUAAGUUUUCCACCAGUUUGUGAUGGAUUUUACCAGUCAUGUGUUUAUAGUAAUGAACUGUCAUAUAGUUUCUAGUCACAACAGAAAAGCUAGACUAAUUUUAACACAUAAGCCCAUCUGGAAAAUGUAGAGGAGGCUUUAAUAAGUAACGUAAUUCAGCUAUGAACAGAAGUGAUGAAAGUGAUCAGCGUGCUACUUUCCUAUUCUGCACUGCUCGCUCCACCGAGAUGCGUCUGCAGCAUUAGGAACUCCUCCACCACACUGUGCUUUACUCUGGAUUAGUCUGUCUUCAGUCAGUAUGAGGUUGGCAUUAUAGUAUUUAACACUCAAUUGUUCCAUUACCUUUCUCAAUCCAACUGCUCUGCAAUAUGCUGCAAAACACUGAUGGAAAACAUGUAAAGCCAAAAGAAGAAAAAAAAAAAAAAAAAAAAUGUAUUUUUGCAACUUUUUUUGUCCAGUACUGGCAUCUAGCUUCUGUAUAAUACUGAGUAACUUAUCAAUUUAAGAUCCACCUUGAAAUGAAUAAAGAAUCUAUCAUAUGCCAUGUGGAGGAAUAAAUAAUUGUAGAUAUAUUAAAUUUUACUAAAUUAA